CAGAAAUCAGCACCGAUGCGGAAGCUGCUGCAGCGCGUUGGCGUGUCUGUGGCGUUGGCGGUGACCGUGUCAGAUGUGUUUGUCUCUGUGAUGCCUGUACAAGGCACGUCGAUGCAGCCGACGUUGAACCCAGAUGCACACAAACCUGUUCCCACACCUCGCGAUUGGGUGUUGGUUAACAAGACAGUACAACGGUUCUCGUCCGUGCAACGCGGCGAUGUCGUCGUCAUGAAAUCCCCGACCGAUCCAAAGGGCCGCAUGGUCAAGCGCGUCCUCGGCAAGGAAUUUGACGUCGUCCGGCCUCGUGCCGUAGGGGCGCACUUGGUGACGCUGCGUGCUGGGCACAUGUGGGUUGAAGGCGACAAUGCAGACCGCACCAUCGACAGCAACUCGUUUGGGCCGGUGAGCGAGAGCAUGGUGCAGGGCCGCGUCGAAUGUGUCGUCUGGCCUCCUUCCAGGUGGGGACGCGUGCGCUCCCAGCAGCUCGAUUCUCAGAGACUUGUGUACGCGAACAACAGGAAGAAAACGAAGAAGAGUGACAGGAACAACUGAGCAUCGUGUGGCUGGCUGGUCUGGCUGUUGACCAUCUCCUGCUUCGUACCUUCAUGUACACAACUCUCUGGCUGUUCAUAUCGUCAAACCACACUGGUUCUCAUUACGGUCAACUUCCUUUCAUUCCUGAUACCGUGUUCUGCGUGUCUGUGUGAUCGACUUUCCCAUUAUAUUGCAUCAGUGAAUCCCGUGGCGUGUGUUGUGUCACAUCACAUCAUCGCAGCGCAUCGCGCCAUGCCUCCCCGUACACAGCUUGCCGAA